AUGGAUAUUGGAAAAUUGCAACAAAAUGUUCUUGACCACAUCGAGAAGCUAUUCUUCGAGCAGAAGGAAGCCUUGUCAAAAUUUCAAACUGAAGUGUUUGGUCUUAAGAACGAGCUCGAGUUGAGUGAACGUAAAAAAAAGGAGUUUGAGUAUAUGCUUGUGCAGAAUGCAGCACAAAUGAAAGAGCUGCAGAAAAAGCUAGAGCAUGGCGAAGCUCAGAAGAAUGAGCUUCAGAGAAAGCACGAGCAGAGCGAAGCGGAGAAGGAAGAGCUUGAACGUAAAACAAAGGAGUUUGAGGAUAUGCUUGUGCAGAAUGCAGCACAAAUGAAAGAGCUGCAUAAAAAUCUAGAAUGUGGCGAAGCUCAGAAGAAUGAGUUUCAGAAAAAGGACGAGCAGAGCGAAGCGGAGAAGGAAGAGCUCCGGAUAAAGCAUGAAAGGAGUGAAGUUGAGAAGAAAGAACUUCAGAAAAAGCUUGACCAAAGUGAAGGGCUUCAGAAAACGCACGAGGAGAGCGAAGCGGAGAAGAAAGAGCUCCAGAUAAAGCAGAAAAAGAGUAAAGCUGAUAAGAAAGAGCAUCAGAAAAAGUUUGAGCAAAGUGAAGUCCAGAACAAAGAACUUCAGAAGAAUCGUAAUCAAAGCGAAGUUCAGAAGCAAAAGCUUCAGAAAAAUCUUGACCAGCGUGACGUGCAAUUAAAAAAAAAGCAUAAGAAGCUUACCAAUAGGGAGGCUGAUGAGACAAUUUUUGCACAAACGGAAGAAAUUGUGCUACUUUAUAGGAAAAUCGAGGUGUUGGAAAAGUUUUGUUUUCAAUAUAAGGAUCAAUUUUGUGUUAAGGAUGUCAAGCAGGAGCCAAUGGAGCACGAUCAGGAUGAUGAGGAUGGGCAUGUGAUGGAUAACAUUCAAGAAAAGUUAGAACAUAUGAAAGAGGAGUUGGAUAAUGCUGAAGCUCUUAACACUACACUUGCUAUAAAGGAGCGCAUGAGUAAUGAUGAAUUACAGGAGGCUCGUAAGGAGUUAAUCAAUGGAAAUAUUUUUUUUGAAGAUGCAGAUAUAGUAAAAAUGUCUAUGAUCCGCCAUAUGACGCUUAAGGUUGCGGAGCAUGCGCACAAAGAGUUUAGAAAUAAGUUAAAAAAAAAGUUUUAUACUAACAGAGCAGCGGAGGUGCGCAGCCACCCUCCUUGCGAAGUGAAUCCUGCACAAUGGGUUGCAUUGGUGGCUUACUGGAAUAGAGAAAAAACAAAGGGAUGGGAAUCAACAAGUCCUGCUGUUAUUGGCGUGAAGAGAAUGGGUGAUCUGGAUUGUGAACCAUUUCAAACUGCAUGCAAGAGAAAAUAUCCAACGGACGAAGCAGCAGAUGACCAGGCAGCAAUGCUGUGCUCUUUGUGGGAGGAUUAUCUUGCAGAUUCAAGCUGGUAUCCAUUCAAGAUGAGCAUGGAUCCUUCUGGAGUUGCGAAGGAUAUAUCUAAGCGCGACCGGUCCCAUGAAUUGGCAUUUUCAUAUUUACUAUGGCCUUUCUUCUUCAAGUGGUGUAGUGUACAGUCUAUUCACAUUUUGAUUGCCGUUCUUUUGGCCCAUCAUUAUCAUGCUCUAAUUUUGUUGUACUCAAUUGAUUUGUCAUGCCCUUGUAACUGGAUUAUGUUUGUUUUAACCAUACAGCAAACUAUUGAUGAGAAAGAUGACAAACUGAAAAAUUUAAAGCAUGAGUACGGUGUUCAUGUUUACAAUGCUGUGACAACUGCCUUGCUGGAAUUGAAUGAGUAUAAUCCCAGUGGUAGGUACGCAAUACCAGAAUUAUGGAACUUUGAGCAAAAGAGGAGGGCCUCACUGAAGGAGGGUAUCUCAGCUUUACUGAAGCAGUUUGAACUCCAGAAACGGAAAAGAAGCUGACGGUCCGUACAUUUCGUAAAUUAUUCUGGUUGUACAUUCUCUUGUUACUUGUUUUGUUUGAUCAUACGUGUUUCACAUCACUGAAUUUGGAAGGGCUAGCUGGAGGAAUUUGGAUGGAAGUAUAUAGUUGACAACAUCUUUUCUAAUUUCUAUGAAGUUCUCGUGAACACACACAACCCCUACACACACCU